AACUUGCAUUCGGAAAAAAUUUACAAAAUUUUUAUGAAAUUUUAAAAGAAACAAAAACUUUAAUUUCUAGCGUCUAGAAAGAAGUGAUUGGCAACAUUUAUCGCAAGGUUUCUCAUUUAAGUAGUGGUUCUGAAACACGUGUAACUGUUGGUUGCAAGGUUAGAGUGCUGUUGGUAGUGUACUGUACAGCUGUUCGGCGUUGGAUAUCACAACUGAGUGGAUUGUUAAUUGACUCUAACGGAAGAACCACAUUUGUCACACACACUUAAAAGAAUCAUAUUCUGAAUUGAAUAACAUUAUAAUGGCAACUAAAGUAGCUGUAGUAACUGGGGGAAACAAAGGUAUUGGUUUUGCUAUUGUUAAGGCACUCUGUCAAAAAUAUGAUGGGCAUGUCUAUCUAACAGCUCGUGAUGAACAGAGAGGAAAAAAUGCUAUAGUUGAACUUGAGAAACUGGGAUUACAACCAAAAUUUCAUCUACUAAAUAUUAGCAGCUUAGAGAGUAUUUGUCAAUUUCGUGACUACUUAAAACAGAAGUAUGAUGGUUUGGAUGUUCUUGUAAAUAAUGCUGCUAUUGCAUAUAAAGUAGCAUCUACAGCUCCUUUUGCUGAACAAGCAGAGAACACAGUGGGAGUAAAUUUUUUUGAUACUUUAAAUGUAUGUAAAGAAUUGUUUCCACUUUUGAGACCACAUGCCAGGGUUGUGAAUGUAUCCAGUUCAGCUGGAAUGUUAUCUAGAGUUGGUAGUGAAGAACUUCAGAAGAAAUUCUCUACUCCAAAUUUAACAAUAGAAGAACUAUGCUCAUUAAUGAAAAAAUUUGUUGAGGAUGCAAAGAAUGGUGUUCAUCAAGAAAAUGGUUGGGGAAAUUCUGCAUAUUGUGUAUCUAAAGUUGGGUUAUCUGCUUUAUCAUUCAUAUAUCAAAGACAAUUUGACAAAGAUGCUCGUCCUGAUCUAGUUAUUAAUCCUGUAAGUAAAUUUUAA